GCGUCGGUGGGCAUCGGAGCGGCCGUGGCUCGGGCGCUGGUGCAGCACGGGCUGAAAGUGGUGGGCUGUGCCCGGAGCGUGGACAAGAUCGAGAAGUUGGCAGCUGAGUGUGAGAGUGCUGGCUACCCAGGCGUCCUCAUCCCAUAUAAGUGUGAUCUCUCAGUGGAGGAGGAGAUUCUCUCCAUGUUUUCUGCCAUCAAGACUCUCCAUCAAGGGGUUGAUGUCUGCAUCAACAAUGCUGGCUUGGCGCGGCCGGAACCUCUGCUGUCUGGCAAGACUGAGGGUUGGAGAACAAUGAUAGACGUCAAUAUCCUGGCAGUCAGCAUCUGCACCCGAGAGGCUUACCAGUCCAUGAAGGAACGAAACAUUGAUGACGGCCACAUCAUCAACAUUAACAGCAUGAGCGGUCAUCGGGUCCUUCCGGAGUCUGUUAUACACUUUUACAGCGCCACAAAGUACGCGGUCACGGCUUUAACUGAAGGGCUGAGGCAGGAACUCAGAGAGGCAAAAACUCACAUACGAGCCACGUGUAUUUCUCCAGGGCUGGUUGAGACUGGAUUCGCUUUUAAACUGCACGAUAACGACCCGGAAAGAGCUGCAGCCACGUACGAGAGCAUUAGGUGCCUAAAAGCCGAAGAUAUGGCCAAUGCUGUAAUAUAUGUUCUCAGCGCCCCACCUCAUGUACAGAUUGGUGACAUUCAGAUGCGACCCACCGAACAAGUGUCGUAGCCGUGGAAGAAGAGGAUUGGAGCCGUGCAACCAGUGAGGGGACGCUCUUCCUCCAAACAGGGUUUUCUUCAGUUGAUUGGUGACUUUCUAAGGGCCUCGUGUGAAGGGUUGACACCCAGCCCUUUCCCCAUCACUUUCCUCUGUUGAGCUGACCUCAGUGGAAACUGACAUGAAAAUCCAGUCUUCACAGUAAGCCCCCCACCCGCCCCAUGGUCCUCUCAACUGCAGUUAAUUUCAAGCAAACAGCUCCCAGCUUUUCCACACAGUGUCGACUUCACUGGAUUCCGAUUUUUGGGGAAAGGGACUGACGCCGGUUCCAGACAGUGAACAUUACACGAGUGAUUCCUUCAGCUUUCCUCCAUGACUUGCAACCACCCUCAGCCAACGCACCAUGUUCUGGAUGUUCAUCCGAAGCCAAAAUGCUACUCCAUCUCUUUCUUCCUAGAUUGUCACCCCCCAAGCAGUUAAAACAGAAGUUUCUGUCUUCUGGGCACUGAGGAUUUGCCUUAAUAUCCAUUAAAGCAG